AUGGGUGUGUGGAGUGAGAAAGAGAUAAGGAACAAACGAAAACGCAAACAACUACAACAUGAAAAGGAAUGGCAUUUUCAGGGAGUAUUCCAGAAGACGCAAGGCGCAGCGUCGCUCGUGAGCAGAGCCCGGACCCAGGCAAGAGCGGACACACCAGACCAAGCAGAGGGACAGUCUCCGCCUUCGCUAGGCCCCCGGCACUCGCCGCGCAGCCCGAGCCCGACCGGCCGCCGAGCCUCCCGGAGUCCGCGGUGCCCGACGGCUCCCCGGGCGCCGUCCCCGCGCCGCCUGCCCGCCGCCGCCGCCAGGAGGCUCCGUGCGCCUUCCCGCCUUUCCCCGCUCCGCGGUCGGGCCGCGCCGGACCGGGCGGGCGGCGAGGCGGGCGCGGGCGGCUACAGCGCGUCCAUUGUCCCGCAGCCCCUCUCGGGCGCGCAGGAGGGGCUGGCCGGGUGGCCGCCUCUCCCCGCUGACCGCCGCCCCGAGACCGGGGCCCCCAUCGCCUGCCGCCCGCGCCGCCUUUGUGACGGUCCCCAGCCCGUCCGAGCCGGCGCGCCGCCGCCGCCGCCACCAGCACCGCCUCCGGCGCCCGGGGCUGCAAAUGGCGCCCGACCGCCUCUGCGCCUCCCGCCGCUCCGCGGGCCCCUGGAGUUCUGGGCGCGCGGCGAACCCGCGAACCCACGAACAACCCCCCUCCCCCGACAGCCUCCCGCCGCCGCCGCCGCCCGCAAGGAGGCCCCGGGAGCAUCCCGCAGCCCCAUCGCCCCGCCGGCCCUCUGCCGUGUACACCUCCGGAAGCCCCAGAAACACUAA